AUGUCCGUCUGUCUGUCUGUCCGUCUGUCUGCAUAUAUACAAACUAGCCCCUCAGUUUUUAGCAAUCGAACUGAAAUCUUUCGGAGAGUAGGAUCUUAAGGGUAGAUGCCCUGUGAGGACCCCUACAAUGUUACUAAGAUCCAUUUUGCCUAGAAAUAGAAGUCUGUCCACUAUCAUCACUACCCAAAAGUACCUUGUGGUAUGCCAUACGUUGCUAGCGUUCCAAGACCUGAGGUGUUCCUCUAGGGCCAAUCGUUACAAACAACUCUUGAAGGAGCUGAGUGGUCUAGGGCAGCUUAGGGGAAUUUUUUUCCUGGCUGCCCCUGAGCGGGCCAACUCGACUGCCUUUCGUUUCCUACUGUUCCUAAAUAUAUGACUGGGAUGAUAUUUAACGAUAGACCCUCUGAGAAUCUAGUUAUUGCCUCCUUGCAUAACCUAACGCAGUCAAAUUUAGUAUAGGCGAUACGGAUAAGCCUAAUUGGCUGCUUGCUGAAGAUUUAUGGAUUUACUAGUUAGAAGCCCACUUGGCCCGUUAUUUGGUCUGAAAAAAACAAUUGCAAUCAUUUAGUUUAAAGCUACCUUCAGCGAAUGUAUUACUACAGAAGCUUAAUCCUCUUGCUAUUUCACCUUUAAUCCGUUGGUGAAUAUGUGGAUUCCGACGUUGAAACUGUCGAUCACAGAACAAUGGGUGCAUUCUUCUCUACUGGGGAAUGAAAACAUUGCUAACAAGGUCGAGCAUAAUCACAUGGCCACAGUGAUGGUUCCAAUGGCCUAAAAUUAUGAGCCGGCUGGCCGUAAGCAUUGCAUCAUACUUCACUUGAAUAUAUAAUCAGCGGAUAUCACAUCCAGAGCCUUUGUUGAUAUAGUUUUUAUUUCGCCCGUAAUCCCCAGCAAGCAGUAAAGCUAAUAGACCAUGUGAGGUCGUAAACCCCACUUUGGGGCAAUGACCCUACUGCAGAAAGUCCAUAUUCAAAGGGCUUUAGAAGCCCUACUUUCAAUGUGCUACGUUUUUUAUCUAGAAUAAUCCCGAGAUAUUUGUCGAUUGCCCCAACUACCUAUUUUUCUUUGUCUACAUGGUAUUCAAAAACAUUUUUAACUUUUUUUAAAUUCUGGUAACAACCCGGAUUGGUUCAUCUUCGUCCCAGGAUGGCGAGUGACAUAAUAUUGUAUUAUACAAUAUAAGCCUUGGGGAAACUCUAUUUAUGCUUACAUACAUCAGAUUCAAUCAUUGAAAUGUAGAUAAUAAUAAUAAUAAAAUAAUAACAAAAUCAAAAAUUUUUACAUCAAGCUAUCAAUCAUAAAUAAUAUUUUGAUCUCGCCGAAGAACUUAAACUUAAUGAAAGACUUGAAUGCAACGCAAUGGCUUCAGCUACAACAUCUGGUACUACGGAAGAUAUUUUCAAGCAACACAAAGUUGUGCCUGACGUCAUACCUGUGGCCCCAAAGCAAUUUUUAAAGGUCAAUUACAAGAACGUAUUGGCUGAAAAUGGAAAGGAACUAACACCGACACAGGUAGCAGCACAGCCCUCAAUCGAAUGGAAUGCCGAAAGCGAUGCCUUUUAUACGAUAAUUAUGACAGAUCCGGAUGCACCAAGCCGCAGCAAUCCGAAAUUUCGUGAAUUUAAUCACUGGUUGGUUACCAAUAUUCACGGAAUGGAUAUAAGUAGUGGCGAUGUGUUAACCGCGUAUGUAGGGUCUGGACCACCAGAGGGGACUGGUCUCCAUCGAUAUGUUUUCUUAGUAUACAAACAACCAGCCGAAAUACGUUUUCAGGAGUCUCACGUACCAAAGAAUAGUAGUCAAAAUCGACCGAACUUCAGUGCAACCAAAUUUGCGAAGAAAUAUAAAUUGGGUGACCCCGUUGCAGGAAAUUUCUUUCAAGCGCAGUGGGACGAGUAUGUUCCUACUGUGCAUAGGCAAUUAUCUGGAAAGAAGUCACCUUUAGUGUAGUUUGAAUUGCUCCAUGAAUCACCAAAGACAAAUAAUUCGAUUUGCCAUUUCUCUGAUUGCUAUCUUUGAGCGCUGUGUCUAAAAUUUUAUAUGUGAAAACAAGAACAAAUUUCAACCUUGCCUGGAUUUCCAAUUAUGGAACUUGAUAAUUAUCAGGCACCCUUUUUUUAUCAAUUACCAUUAUCUUUCAUUUCUAUGAAUAAAUAUUAUUUAUAUUAUGCAAACUGUA